CGCUAGCCCUUCCUCCCUCCCUGAGUCCCUGUAUCGUGCCUCUCCCGGUAGCACCUUACUGCUGGGUAUGAAGAGGUUGUCUGUGCUGCUGGUGGACUGCAGGAAAACAACGGGGCUGAGUGGAACUGUGAGAGGAGGAGCGGAGAAGAACGGAUCAGAUUUGACACAUCAAAGAGGAAAACCAACCUCGGAGGAACCAGAGACGUCCAAACCAGCAAGACGACACCUCUGCUCCCAGAUUGGAAAGAGUUUUACCAAGUUAGGAAGCCUGAAAAGACAUGAGAGGGGACACGCAGAACCGAAGACACAAAAUUGCACCCGGUGUGGAAAGAGUUUUAGCCACUUAGGAAAUCUGAAAGCUCAUGAGCGAACACACACGCGGGAGAGGCCUUUCCAUUGCUCCCAGUGUGGAAAGAAUUUUAAGCGGUUCGACACUCUCAAAACCCAUGAGCAAAUACACACAGGGGAGAAGCCAUACCAUUGUUCUCAGUGUGGAAAUAGUUUUAGCCAGUCAGGAAGCCUGAAAGUUCAUGAGCGAAUACAUACAGGGGAGAAGUCAUACCUUUGCGCCCAGUGUGGAAAGAGUUUCAGCCAGUCAGGAAGCCUGAAGGAACACAUGAGACUGCACACAAGGGAGAAGCCUUACUACUGCUCACAUUGUGGGAAGAGUUUUAACCAUUUAGUUAGCAUGAAAAGACAUGAGAGGAUACACACAGGAGCAAAGCCACACCCGUGCUCCCAGUGUGGAAAGAGUUUUAAGAGGUUAGACACCCUCAAAGCUCAUGAGCGAAUACACACAGGGGAGAAGCCAUACCAUUGCGCCCAGUGUGGUGAGAGAUUUAGCCAGUCAGGAAUCCUGAAAGCUCAUGAGCGAACACACACAGGUGAGAAGCCUUUCUAUUGCUCCCAGUGUGGAAGGAGUUUUAGCCAGGCAGGAACACUGAAAGCUCAUGAGCUAAUACACAUAGGGGAGAUGCAUUUCCAUUGCUCCCAGUGUGGAAAGAGUUUUAGCCACUUAAGAAAUCUGAAAGCUCAUGAGAGAAUACACUCUUGGUAAAGCCACUUAAGAAAUCUGAAAGCUCAUGAGAGAAUACACUCGGGGGAGAGGCCUUUCCAUUGCUCCCAGUGUGCAAAGUGUUUUACCCAUUUAAGAAAUCUGAAAGAACAUGUGAGACUGCACACAGGGGAGAAACCUUACAAGUGCUCAGACUGUGGGAAAAGAUAUUGCUCAUCACAGUCACUAAAACGUCACGUGAGAAUCCACACAGGAGAGAAUAAUUACUUAUCCUAGUGUGUAAAUUGAUAUUUCACAUCACACUGACUUACAAUUCAUCAGAGAACAUACACAGUGCUCCCGUUGUCUUAUAUUGUUGACUGACAAUGUGUUAACCUGUUUAAACCAUAUGAAAUUGAAUUGUACCAAGUAUACUCAAACAUAUAUUUUUAUGUUUUUAUUAGAAAACAUUCAUUGAAUAUGGAGUUAUGUCAGUUUCAAUGUAGGGUAGAUAAGAUUUCAUGUGUUUAAAUGGUCCUUUUUAAAACUCUGUGUGUGUGUUUAUCUGGGUGUGUCAUUCCUCCAGCACUACAGAUAAUCAAGUGAUAUUUGGAUGUGAUGCAUUUGUUCCAUUGUUGACAUUUGCAUUGUAGCCCACUGAUGAUUUAAUGAAAUGAAAAUGUUCAGACUC